UUUUUUAAGUGUUUAUGUUUGUUUCUUCAUGACUGCUGCUUUGGGAAGCGAGCCUCAGCACCAGCUCCAGCAACGCCAACACCAUGCGAGCCCAAAUCGAAGUUAUACCAUGCAAAAUAUGCGGAGACAAAUCAUCAGGUAUCCACUACGGAGUCAUUACAUGUGAGGGAUGUAAGGGCUUCUUCAGACGGAGUCAGCAGAACAAUGCAUCCUACUCCUGCCCCCGCCAGAGGAACUGCCUCAUCGACAGAACAAACCGCAACCGCUGCCAACACUGCCGCCUGCAGAAAUGUCUCGCCCUUGGAAUGUCCAGAGAUGCGGUAAAGUUUGGCCGCAUGUCCAAGAAGCAACGUGACAGCCUGUAUGCAGAGGUCCAGAAGCAUCAGGCGCGACUGCAGGAGCAGCGGCAGCAGCAGACAGGUGAAGCAGAGGCUCUGGCACGUGUUUACUCAUCCAGCCUAACCAACGGACUGUCCACCCUUAACCAUGAGAUUGGGGGCACCUAUGCCAAUGGUCAUGUCAUUGAGCUGCCCAAAGGUGGCCAUGGUAACGGAGGCGGAGUCCCGGGGGGCUUCUAUGGAAUGGAUUCCACCCAACCGUCUCCAGACCAGUCAGGUUUGGACAUGUCAGGCAUGAAGCACAUUAAGCAGGAGCCGGUGUACGACCUGACGCCAGUACCCAACCUGUUCAGCUAUGGAGGCUACCAGGACAGUCAGCUGGGACCCAAUAAUGUCAGCAUGGGAGAGCUGGACCGUAUUGCUCAGAAUAUCAUCAAGUCCCACUUGGAGACGUGUCAGUACACAACAGAGGAGCUGCAGCAGCUAGCCUGGCAGACACACUCCUAUGAAGAGGUCAAGAUGUACCAGAGCAAGCCCCGGGACGUGCUGUGGCAGCAGUGUGCCAUCCAGAUCACCCACGCUAUCCAGUAUGUGGUGGAGUUCGCCAAGCGCAUCUCAGGGUUCAUGGAACUGUGCCAGAACGACCAGAUCCUCCUGCUCAAAUCAGGUUGUUUGGAGGUAGUCUUGGUGCGGAUGUGCAGGGCGUUCAACCCUCUCAACAACACUGUGCUCUUCGAAGGGAAGUACGGAGGCAUGCAGAUGUUCAAAGCUCUAGGUUGCGAUGACUUAGUGAGUGCGGUGUUUGACUUUGCCAAGAGUUUGUGUUCACUGCAGCUGACAGAGGAGGAGAUUGCUCUGUUCUCAGCAGCUGUACUAAUUUCCACAGAUCGGCCGUGGCUGAUGGAGCCUCGGAAAGUCCAGAAGCUUCAGGAGAAGAUCUACUUUGCUCUGCAGCACAUUAUGCAGAAGAACCACAUGGACGAAGAUGCACUGGCUAAGCUGAUCAGCCGAAUCCCAACGUUGUCAGCCCUGUGCACUCUCCACACAGAGGAGCUCCAGGCCUUCCAGCAGCUUCACCCAGAAACCGUCAACGUCCUCUUCCCUCCACUCUACAAAGAACUCUUCAAUCCUGACCCCAACUCUGCCAUGGCCAUGCCCAAGUGACUGCCUGUGGUUCAAAUGCAUCAAACGGGGCCAGCGCGGGACCAAGAAAAUGAGACCACAGCCACAUUUGACGAGACGGCAGUGUCGACUAUGUCAUCAACGUGGCGACCACAUAUUCCCGAGCUCCCCCAGCCUCAUUUCAGGCUGGGGGGUGAGGAGUCAUCUGCCAGAAACUUACAGUUACCGCCAACAAUACUAGGAAUGUCCAGCACUUAUCCCAUCCUGUUCACCGAUACAGUCUGAAGAAUGUAUAUAUAAAUGAAACGUGCCCCAAGCCACAACCUGAGUGGGGCUUCCUCCUGUCUCCUAAACUGAACUGACUGACCAGAAAUGUACAGACUUUAAAACAUCUAGGAACAAUUUUAAGCUGUCAAUCUUUAAGAAAAAAUGGGUAAGUUAAUUUGUUUUAACUUUGAAAAAAAUCUUUUUUUGUUUAUUUGGGUUUUUUUCACAUGAAGACAUUGAGAAGUUGAAGAAGCUGGAUGGGGGAGGGAACUGUGGAUUUAGAGAAGCUAUUGUAGAUAUUCUUUUAGUGCAGAGCGGAUUCCAGUAUUACUUCUUGUUCUGUUAAAAUAAGUUAGUCAUAAUUUAAAUAUACAGCAGCUCACUGUGGCUGACUAUACCUUGUCUAUGUGUUUUUAUUUUAUUUGAUAGUUUCUUGUGUACAGAAUUUGUAAAGUUGAGACUUGUAAAAGAAUAUUGGGUAAAAACUGGGAGCCGAUUGGGGUUUGUGAUAUACAGAAGCCUUGUCUGGAUUUUGUUCAUAUGUAAAGAAGGUACUGCAUCCUUCUCAUGAGAACUUAUAGAAAUGUAAAGAGAGCAUAUGAAGGAUUUAAAAAGAAAAUAAUGGCUACUACUUUUCAAGGUGAAGAUAUAUACAUAAAUAUUCUAUUUUGCAAGAAAAAGAAUCUGGCAGAUUUGCCAUCCUAUCAAUCAUUUUUUUUCUCGCUGCAAUAAAUACGUCCAAUAAAAGCUGGACUGCUUUUGAACAAUCAACCAGAAACAACCAAUCAGAAACUAGGACCUCAAAAUGAACCCCACCUCCUCCCAAAGUCCCCUCAUCCUGCCCCUUAUUUCCUAUGUAUUAGGGUCUUGACAUGAGAUUUCGGCAGAUAUAAGUGGAUAGAAAUUCCAGCAACAGAGAAGAUUAAACCAAGACAAAUUAAAAUUUAACUCACAACUUUCCAAACUCUUUUUAAAGUGUAUAUGAGCGCUGUACGCCCACAUCCCUCAUAUUACUAUUUGCACAAUCCAGUCCAUUGAUGUCAAUCACUCCGGGCUGUGAAUAUGAAGGACCCUUUUCUCUAAAGAGCAAUAACUUUCACACUGCCUUUCUGAUCUUACUCCUUUCCUUUCCUCCUCUUCCUAUUUUCAGCUGUUCAGAACAGGGUAGCAGUUUUAACUAGAAUGCACUAUAUUUGACCCGUCAUCAUUAAUUAUGUCUAACAAUCAUCUCUAUGGAUGGUACUCAUUCCACCACAGACUCUGCAGUGUUUUCAGUGUGACACAGUACGAUCUGGGGUUAGGACAUAAGACAGAGCACUGACUAAAAGAUGUGAAGAAAUGCUGAUUAGCCUCUAAUGAUCUUUAACAGCAUUUAAAGCUGCAAUAUUGCAUUAACAAUUCAUACAGGAAGCUGUGAUAGACAAUCACUUUUUCUUUUUUGUUAGUCAUUCCAUAAAUAUUAGCACUUACGGACUGUCGUUUUUUCUGUUGCUUUUCCACAUUUAUGUUAUAUUGAUUAGGAUUUGGCCACUGUGUAAAACAAUACUGGUUUUACUGGGCAUUUAAACCAUCUGAUCAUGUCAUUGUGAUCGUCUGGCAGUUAUUACUAUCUUUUGUGGUGAAGGAACAAUUUGAACAAUCAUUGAGGAGACACGUUUUAGGGGUUUGUGCAGUUCAGCAUUUAACCACUAGAUGCUCUGUGUGCAUUACUUUUGUAAAGAGGUCUAUAAAGAGCUUUGACAACUGAGGAUCUUCCUUUUAAAAUGAACUAUUUAUCAAAAUAAGCGACCCACUACACAAUAUUAGCACAAAAUGAUUCUGCUGAUGGUAAAUUUAAAGUUUUUUUACCUAAAUCUCUGCAGAUCUCUGUUGGGUUGUCUGAUGUUGGCAAGUGUUCAUUGCACAGUAGCCAAAGCUCUACACUUGGACCAUUAACAUUUUCAUCCUUCCAUACACGUCUUCUCCAUGUGGUGAGCAAAACGAUGUCUAAAGCAUGGGGAUCGAUCAUCAAUGUUAAACAUUAGCGAUCUGCUCACAUCCAUCUGUUCCAUGAUGUGUCUGUGAUCCCUUCACAGGUUCCUUCCUUUACCCCCCUGAACUGACCCCAGAUCAGAGGCCAGUGACUCCUUUAGACAAUCACUUGCUCAUUAAGGCUCGAUGCACUACACAGCAUCUCUCAGGGAGCAGCUCUUUUUCUGACUUUGCAUUAAAAGAGGGUUUAAUAUUUUUGCAAAUUUACAAAAAAUUUAAUUAUAAAAGAAUAACUUUUUAGGAUAAAAUGGCAUACUGUACGCCGCCAGCGUAUGCCUGCAAUGGAAUCUGCCCAGACAAGGCUUUGAUAAGUGUGCGUUUGUGUGUAUGUGUGUAUAGAGCAUGAAUUCACUGGCCAAAUCUCUUUAGAACUCAGACUAUAUGACAAGCAUUGUUACGUAGCACAAGAAAAACAAACAAACAAACAAACAAAAACAAAAAAAAUAUAUACAUAUAUAUAUAUAUACACUGUGUGUCAGUGUGCUCUUGUCACCACUGUGCACUCAUCUUUACUGCUUAUUUUGCUGCUUUCGGGACAGUGAGGGAAGUCCACUAGUAAGCUGUGAAUCAAGCGCCAUCACAACACCCCUGGGACAGUGAAUUCCAACUCUGAAUAUGAAGUUUUUGUGUGUGAUGUUUUUAUUUUCCCUUGUUAGACUGUGAAUCAGAGAGGUGGGAUGGGGUUGUGAAAGGGGAUGUGCUGGCAAGAACGAGUGGCAACGCAACACUGUAAGUAAGAUACUGUAGCAAUAAGAACUGGAGGCAUUUACUACUGUCAUGUUUGCAUUGUAAGAUUAUUUUUUAUUUUAUUACUAUUUACUAUUAUUAUUGUUCUUAUUAUGACUACUAUUCUUCUAUUACUAUUAGCCUAUUGUUGUUCUGUUCUAUUUGCAUGACGUUUCAUUGCAAUGAAACAUUUGGGGCUUAUUUGUGUUUUCUCUUCUCAUGAUAUUGUGGAUUUCGUGGGAGGGGUUAUUGGCAGGGUGGGCGAUGGGUUUCAGGGCAAAUUCUACGUCAAUUCAAUCAGUUCCAAGCAAUUUUUUUUUUCACAAGCUGAAAGAAUUUUUAAAUAAAAUGCUCAUAUUUAUACACAACCAAUUUAAAAAUUUGUCGUUGGAUUUGAAAUGAUUUUUUUUUUCCUCAACCUUUGAAUGUGUGAGUUGGUUUAACCAGUCAGUGAACGGCCCUUUUCUGAACUGGCCUUAUUGAACCAGAUCAGAGACCCUUAACCUGUAGUGGGAGGGAACAAUGUGGGGAGGGUAAUCUAUUCUGAAUGUUAUGGAGUACCCAGUUCAGUGUGAGGGGCUGAACUCAUCAUGCGCCUUUACCACUCCAUGGACAAAGACUGACAUUACAGAGCGCACAGUACUAUUUGUCGACAAACUAGUUGUCGUUUUAUGUGACGACUCGGACAAAUUACGCAGACAUUUAAUACACUUGGUUUGAAAUGAGUUUCCUACACUUAGUCAAAUACACUCCACCCCAAACCUCCUCCUCCCUUUCCUGAGAAGACCUGUGUGAGCUUGUGUGUGUGUGUGUGUGUAUGUGUGUGUGUUUGUGAGACAAAGAAACAGAGAGACUGAGAUGAUGUUUGCUCUACCAAUGCUUUUUAAACUUUCUAGAUGCAUUACACAUGCGUGCAAUUGGAGUAGUGUUGAAAAUUGUUAAUUUAUUGUUUAGAAUGUCUUUGCGUCCCAGCAAGAGCAAAUAAAACAAAAUGUAGCAAUCUGUAACCGAAACCUAAAAGGUACUGGCUACAGAACCUCUUUUACACAGGACUAACAAAACAAAACAAAACAAAAAACACAAAAAAUGACUUUUUUUCUGUUUUCAAAGUGCCAUAGAUAGUGAGGAGAAGAGGGAUUGGCAGAGUGGGGCGUAGAUGCUUUACUGUGUGAGUUUACUUGAGAAACCAAUCAAAAAAAGGGGAACUCCACGGAAAAUGUGUAUUUGAUUACACUGACAAACUGUUUUUACAUUUUUUGCUUUUUUCAUUUGAUGAGAGGGGACUCUGCUUGACUCUGAACUCUGACUCUACUAUAACUCCAUGAGCUCUACUGCAGAGUUUUCAUUUUCACAUGAGAAUGAAAGAGUGCCUGUGUGCACACGCAUGCAUUUGCAUUAAAGAGAGCCAUGAACACCCACAUAUGAUGGAUCUGACUGGGUUGAAGUUCAGAGCUUUGCAGGGCCCUUGGUGAGUCCUCCUUUGAGAUGUAUAUACAAUGUGAAGGUCUGAAGUGAUUUUUGUUAAAUUCUAUAUUUUAUCGCUUUUGUAGACAUUUUGUUGUGGGAAGAAAAAAAAAAAUAAAAG